UAUGGUUCGAGCCAUCUACCUGUCCCUCGCUGCCUUAGUGGCCCUGGCCUGUGUGGCGAGUGCUGCCCCAGUGGCUGAGUCGGACAUCGACACGAGCCUCGAGUACCCUGCCUCGCGGCAGGUGGAGGUGGAGGAGGAGGAGGAACUGGUUCAAAACUCCAGUGCGGACAGCAGUGAGGAGCACGACGACGAUGAGGAUGUGCACAAGGUGGAGGAGGAGUCCAAGGAAGAUGACGACGAAGAGAAUGAUGAUGAUGAUGACGAUGACGACGACUCCCUGAUCAGAAGACGUCGCGAUGUGGCCACCACUGAGGAGACGCCCUCUGAAGCCGCCACAGAGACCCCCUCAGAGCUGGAGAAAGACCCCGACACUGUGACAGCCGCAGUGCCAGUGGCUCCCUCCCGCAAGCCAGUGCUCGUGCUCAUCCGCGAUGCCCUGAAGAAGGUCACCACAGAUCUGCCCACCGCACAGGUGGCCAACAACGCUCUGCAGUACUUCCAGCAGUUCGAGCACUUCAUCCAGCAGACCAUCGAGCAGGUCAUCGGCGAUGACUACGAUGACGAUGAUGAGACUCCGGCCACAGUCGUACCCAACACGGAUGAGAACAAGCAGCCCGAGACGGAGUCCCCGCAGCAGAAUCCCGAAAAGGAUGCCGAGACUGCAGCUCCCGAGCCAGAGCCUGUCAAGCCUGUCAAGCCCGUGGAGCCGGUGGAGCAGCAAGUGACUGAUGCCGCGACUCCUCUCAGCAAUGCUGUCUAG